GUAUAACAACAUCUUUUAAACUGUCUUGUAGACCAAGCAAAUUCUGAUAUCUUGUGUACAGUAGUAGUAGACAUAUAAAGAUCGUUCUGGGACUCAGUUUCAUUGAUUGAUCGUACGUCCGGUCAAUCACGCAAGCAUAGCACUGAUCGACUCAACAGCAGGGAUCGAUGGCGCCGGCGCCGGUGGUGGCCGCGCGCUUCUGCACCCCUCACGCGACGGCCUUCACGCUCACCGAAGCGGCCAUCAGCUGGCCGUGGCGCAACUUCACCGUCACCAAAUCCGGCGCCGCCGCGGCCGUGAUGCGGGUGGAAGCGUUCCGCGGGCUGUUCGACUGCCACCGCCGCUCCCUCUUCCUCGACCCGCGCCGCGGCAGCCCGCUGCUCACCCUGGUGAGCCGCCGCUCGCUGUUCGGGCGGCGGCGGUGGGAGGCGUUCAGGGCCGGCGACGCCACGGACGCGGACGAGCUCCUCUUCACCGCCGACGCACGAGCUUGGAUGUCGACGCCGUUCCCCAUGGGGAACGUGAACGUGUUCCUCGCCGCCUCGGCCGCGCGGCGGAUUCCCGACUUCCAAGUCUCCCGCCGCGGGCUGUUCAGCGACCGCGGGUACACCGUCGUCGACUCAAGCGGCGGCGCCGGUGCGGUCGCCGAGAUCGACCGCACGUCGUGGCCGUUCGCGUGGUUCCAGACGUAUGAUGUCAGGGUCAAGGCCGGCGUCGACCAUGCCUUCGUCCUCGCGCUCGCCGUCAUCGUCGAGGAGCUUCGACCGGUGGGAACCACAUCGGACUAAUGCAUUAGACUAAAUUUAGGCCAACAUGACUUUUCCUGGAACCAGGACUGAAUUGGCACUAUAUAUAUGAGUAUUUUUUUGUUCUUCGGAGAUGUUUGCUGGUUCAGCAAAUUGGAUACUGUUGCCCAGAGUUUGAUCAAGUUUGUAUAUCAUCUGUUGGCCGGUCUCAACUGAUGAUGCAAGACAAACUGAUCGUCUGGAAAUGAUCCGAACUGUUCUCCAUAGAUUAGAAGAGCAUGGUUCGAAAUAAUGGGCGUGAAAAGCAAAAAUAUUGGACGACAACAUACGAUAUUAGAGGUAAACAGAGGUUUUACAAUUACUAGAUUGAUCGUUCCCGCUAACUUCUGCCAGUAGGACACUUUAAAGACAGCAUAAGAGAGUGUCCUCUGUUUGCACUUGGCCUAAAA